UUGAGAGCUGGGUUGGGGUCCUGGAUAGAGAGAGAGAGACACACACACACAGAAAGAGAGAGAGAGAGAGAUCUGUGCACGAGCGCGCGCCCCCGCGGCUGCCUCUUUCUCCGGAGGAGGGCGGUGGGGGGCUUCGGGAGUGCUGGAGCUGCUGCUGCUUCUUCCUCCCUUGCCUCUCCUCCUUUCUCCUCCGCGCGUGGCUUCUUUGUGCCGUGCAGCUGGUCCUGGAGGCAUUCAAAAGAGAGAAAAGCCUUGGAGAGAAAGAAAGAAAGAAAGAAAGAAAGAAAGAGGGAGCGAAAAAGAGCGCUUGCUUUCCUUUGCGUCGCCGGCCGCUUGCGCUUUCUCUGAGCCUCGCCUCACCUGUCCCUCCCUCACCUGCUGCUCUUGCCCUGCCUCCCUCCCUCCUUACCAUCAUCCUCUUCCCUUCUUUCUCCCCCUCCUUCCUCCUUUCUCCUCCUUCUUCCCCUUCUCAGCGAGGAGCACAACUUGAGCCUUCUUUGCAUCGCCGGGAAAAACAAAAAAAAGGUGGAUCUUAUUGGGAAGACUCUCCAAAACUUCAUCGCCCCCUCCCUCAUUCCCUUCUCCUCCUCCUCUUUUCCUUCUUCCUCUCCUCCAUCCCAUCCUUUCCCCCCUUUUCUCCAAAACUCCCAUCUCUUCCAACAUGGAUGUAAGGUUUUACCCACCUUCGUCGGGGAGCUCUCUACCCGGAGAUCCUUCCAACCUGGACUUUGCCCAGUGUUUGGGUUACUACAACUACAACAAGUUUGGCAACAACAAUAACUACAUGAACAUGGCAGAGGCAAAUAAUGCCUUUCUUGCAGCAAAUGAGCAAACCUUCCAUACUCCAAGUCUUGGUGAUGAAGAGUUUGAGAUUCCUCCAAUUACGCCGCCCCCAGAACUGGACCCCACCAGCCUUGGGAUGGCAGAUAUACUCCUGCCUUUUCAAGGUCUAAGCGACCAGUUGGCUGCACAAGGGAAUGAGUUCACUCCCCAGUUUCCACCACAGAGCCUGGACCUUCCUUCCAUCACGAUAUCUCGAAACCUUGUGGAACAAGAUGGGGUCAUCCAAAGCAAUGGAUUACACAUGGAUCACAGCCAUGCAGAUGUGUCUCAGUAUCGCCAGGAUCACGCUUUGAUUAUGAGGUCCAUUGUCCACAUGACGGAUGCCACCCGUUCCGGAAUUAUGCCUCCCAACCAGCUGACCACUAUCAACCAGUCCCAAUUAAGUGCUCAACUGGGAUUGAGUUUAGGUGGUGCCAACUUGCCCCAUACCUCCCCUUCCCCUCCGGCAAGCAAAUCGGCAACCCCUUCGCCGUCCAGUUCCAUAAACGAAGAAGAUGCAGACGACUCAAAUAGGACUGCGGGAGAGAAGAGAGCGGCCCCCGAUUCUGGCAAGAAGCCCAAGACACCGAAAAAGAAGAAAAAGAAAGACCCCAACGAACCGCAGAAGCCGGUGUCGGCAUAUGCCCUGUUCUUCAGGGACACACAAGCGGCAAUUAAAGGCCAGAACCCCAAUGCUACCUUUGGAGAAGUGUCAAAAAUCGUAGCGUCCAUGUGGGACAGCUUAGGAGAAGAGCAAAAACAGGUAUAUAAAAGGAAAACGGAAGCUGCUAAAAAGGAGUACCUAAAGGCCCUUGCUGCUUACAGAGCAAGUUUGGUUUCCAAGGCCGCUGCUGAGUCCGCAGAGGCUCAAACCAUCCGCUCCGUCCAGCAGACCCUGGCGUCCACCAAUUUGUCCUCUUCUCUCCUUCUGAAUACCCCCCUUUCCCAACACGCAACGGUGGCCACUUCACCCCAGACUCUCCAGCAGGCCCUCCCGAGGGCCAUUGCCCCUAAGCCUUUAGCAAUGCGGCUGCCCAUGAACCAGAUCAUUACCUCGGUCACGAUCGCUCCCAACAUUCCCACAAACAUUUCCACCUCACUGAUCAGCUCAAUGGGGAGCAACAUGGUGGGCACCUCCUCGGCUUCGGGGUCGUCCCAAGUGAGCCCUUCCUUGCAGAGCCAGCAACACCAACUCCAGCAGCUCCAACAGCUCCAGCAGCAGCAGAUGCAGCAGCAGCAGCUCCACCAGCAGCACAUGCACCAGCAGAUCCAGCAGCAAAUGCAGCAGCAGCAUUUCCAGCACCACAUGCAGCAGCACCUGCAGCAGCAGCAGAUGCAGCAGCAGCUGAGUCAGCAGCAGCAGCAGAUGCAGCAACAGCUGAGUCAACAGCAGCAGAUGCAGCAGCAGCUCCAGCAUAUGCAGCUCCAGCAAAUGCAGCAGCAGCAGAUGCAGCACCAGUCGCAACCGUCUCCGCCGCAGCAUUCCCCCGUGGCGUCGCAGAUCACGUCCCCCAUCCCCGCCAUCGGAAGCCCCCCACCCGCCACCCCGCAGCACCAGUCCCAAAUACAAACCCAGACUCAGACUCAGCUAUUAUCACAGGCCAGUAUUUUCUGAAGACAUGUUACAAAACAAACAAACAAACAGCUGCUUUGCAACAAAGAGCUGAGCAAAAGCGGAUGGCGAAAUACCGCAAUGCCGAUAGUCGUUAUGUCGGAACGCAUAACAGAUAAAGGGAGUCUCUAAGCUGUCUAUUAGAUAGGCAAUAAAGAACUACAAUGUAGCUGUGUAUACUCUUUUAGCUGGCGAUGAAUAUUUGUUUUCCCGUUUCUUCCACUCCUUUUUUUAAAGAAGAGAAAGCUGUGCUCUUUGUGUUGUUUUUUUUUGUUCCCUCCUCCUUCCCCCUCAAUGCUUAUUUAAUUUAUUUUGAGCUUUACCUACAAUAUGUGAAUCAAAUCAUCUUGGAUAUUCCUUGGCAUUAAGACUGAAACAAAACAAAAUGGCCUUUUCGCAGUUUCAAACUGUUCGUUCUUGGAAAAUUAGUUAAUGCUCUUCAAACCAAUUGGUUUGAGUUUUUUUUUUGUUUCUUUAAUGAUUUGAAUUCACAAAGCCCUUAAAAAGCACAGUUGUAACUACCUGUAAAAUGUUGAUUGGAUUUCAUACAAUCACGCUCUUGUGAGAUGAGUAGUUGACGGUGUUUUUCUCUGUCAUGAAAAAAAAUGUAAAAAGAAUCACAGACUUUUGCCAAAGCUCUUUUUUCUUCUUCUUUUUUUUUUUUUAAAAAAAUGCUUCAGAAAGUAACAAAAAAUGCAAGUACAAGUUCUUAACUGUCAAAGCCCAUCUUACCAUCUAAGUUAUAAUUUCUGCAAAUGUCACAGUACUUUGUAAUAAAAUAUAUUCUUACCCUGUUCUGCUCAUUCCAGUCUAAAAUGGAAAAAAAAUAAAUGUGAAUAUUCUAUUCUGUGUUUGAGUGACAACUUUCAGAUUUAAUACACUGUAUUUUUUAAAGAAGGAAAUGCACUUAAAAUAAAACUGUUAUUACAAAAAAAAGAUAAGAAGGAAAAAAUGUGAGUUUCUUUUUCUUAAAAAAAAAAUGCUGUAAUACCAGUAGGUUAUUUAAAAGGACUGCCGUAUCUGAAUAAUAAUCAGUGUAAAUAUUUUCUUUAAAAAGUUGUAAGUUUUUUCAUAUCAUGUGUUGUAAAGUUUUUCAUAAAUGAGGCUUUAAUGUAAAACACUGGUAACAUGAAUGAUUUCAUUGCGACAUUGCUUGCUGUGUUUUUAUGCUGUUUUAUACUUUUUUAUGCGUUAUGAUAGCAGCAAUUACAUUGUUUGUAUUUUGUUUAUCUAAAAAAAUGCUUUUAUCUUGCUAUAGAAUAAACACAUUUCAGUAAAUAUAUAUAUACAUAUAUACAUACAAAUCCAGUGGUAUUCAAGAGUAUAAUCUACAAAUCCCUAUUGGUUAAAAUGGGAGGUCUAUUGGGAUGAGCCUCAACAACCUCUUGAACCUGAGAUGUUUGCCAUGACAUUCAAAUCAAGAUAUUCAAGAUUGAUAUCACUGGAAAAGGCAGGUUCAAUUGAAUCUUUACAUGCCUAGGGGUUAGUCUACAUGGACUAACCUACAUGAACUAACCUACAUUAUACUCACCUUCUAGACCAAGCAUGGGCAAACUUCAGCCUUCCAGAUGUUUUGGACUUCAACUCCGACUGUUAGGAAUUGUGAGAGUUGAAGUCCAAAACACCUGGAGGACUGAAGUUUGCCCAUAUCUGUUCUGAUUCCUGAUACACAACCUUCUUGAUGAUUUGCUUGAAAUGUGGGUUUUAAUCUGGUUCAACAUUUUUCUGAAAUUUUGGGGGAUUUUUGGCAUGUCAUUAUGCCAUUGGGAAGAGGAAUUAGUGGUUGAUGGAACUAUGUGGUGGUAAUCAUUCCUGCUGUGUUUCCAUCUGAAGUUACCAUAGAGUCAUGUAGGAACCCUUCUAGAAAUGUUCUAGAUCCUCCAUUGAGACACGUUGGCAACUUCCAGUGGAAGUUGUUCAUUUCAAUAGGGUUUGGUAUAUUACACCAUUGAACAAAGAAAUACAUUUUCUUGGUGUCUUGGUUUUUAGCCCCGUUUUAGGGAUUAUUUGAGCUGCUGAUUCGGAAAACUGCAUCUGCUCUAACUUUUGAAAUGUGGUUAUCAUAGUUUUCUAUGAAGGAACAGAUGGCGACUGGUAGAUGACAUAUGUUCUGUAUCUGUUCUGUAUGGAAGCAGCAGGUCACAUAUACCCAGAAACAGGACUAACAUUUGAGGCACCAAAAUGUGUGUUGGCCAGUUUUAUCCAUGGUUUCCUUCUUUCCACAAUAAAUUCAUGAAUGUAUUCCCCACAAAAACGGGUUUGUGAUUAGGGAUGUGCAUGAUAUCAGCUUGGUGUUUCGUAUUUGGUGGAUUCAGCUAAAAUCGGCAACUGAAUCCCCGGAUAUGAGGCAGGUGGGCAGGUCAGCUGGAGACAGGCAGUAACAGAACCAUGGUGACCGAUCUUUGUCAGUAUUCAACUGUAUUUGGUUGCCAUGAGAGGAGAGCAGACACACACUGAUUCCCCCCCCCUUUAGCCUCUCCUAUCUAGCGAAAUUACUAAUAAAAUAAAAGGACUGACUUAA